GCAAUUCUUUGAGAUAUACAACUCCUUCCUCUUUUGUCCUCUCAAAUUUCCUAACUUUUUCCGUCCAGAAACAACUAUUUAACCAUCUCCUUCCCCAUUUCCAAAUUUCAACCUUUCUUCUAACUAAAACAAAAAAACAAAAAAAAAACAAAAAAAAAAAAAAAUACCCCCCAGAAAAAAGGUUUUAUGCCAUGGCCACCAUCUCUUAUCUUACCUACUUCCCUGUGAGGUGUUCUUCCAGCAGAGAUAGCCACGACUCCAAUAAGCAAAAGCUGAGCAGCAUCAAGAUCAAUGGAACUUCCACGAAAACCGCAACCAAAGUUGAUAUGGCAGCUGGUGUGGCAACCAGAAAUGACUUCGUGACUCAGCAGCAGGCUCGACAGAACAUUCCGACAACCAAGCAGUCCGUUGAUCAUUUCCGACAAGCGUUUAGCAUCGAAGGCGGCGUGGGGUACAGGCAGAGGGUUGUCAUUAGGUCCUAUGAGGUCGGCCCGGAUAAAACUGCCACACUUGAGAGCAUCCUCAAUCUGCUUCAGGAGACGGCAUUGAAUCAUGUUUGGAUGUCUGGACUCCUGAGUGAUGGAUUUGGAGCAACACAUGAAAUGAUGAAGAAUGAUCUUAUUUGGGUUGUUUCAAGAAUGCAAGUUCAAGUUGACCAGUAUCCAAUCUGGGGGGAGGUACUGGAAAUCGACACUUGGGUUCAAGCAUCAGGGAAGAAUGGUAUGAAGCGAGACUGGUUGAUCCGAAGCCAAGCUACGGGCCAUAUUUUUGCUCGUGCGACCAGCACCUGGGUGAUGAUGAACCAGAAAACUAGGCGCCUUUCGAAAAUGCCAGAGGGAGUGAGGGGUGAGAUUGCACCUUGGUUCAUAGAGAAGCAGGCAAUCCCAGGCGAUGUCCCUGAGAAAAUCGUAAAGUUGGACAACAACGCUAAGUAUGUCAACAACGAUUUGAAGCCCAAGAGAAGUGAUUUGGACAUGAACCAGCAUGUCAACAAUGUCAAGUACGUACGAUGGAUGCUUGAGACGAUUCCUGACAAUAUUUUGGAGUCUCACCAACUGACUGGAAUCACACUAGAAUACAGAAAGGAGUGUGGAAGUUCAGAUAUUGUUCAAUCGCUCUGCGAUCCAGACAAAGAUGGAAUGUUGAUAGAGGGACUAAAACAAGAGAAUCAUGACACAAGUCUACUGAAUGGAUUUUCUCUGGGAGCUGGGAUUCUUGAGAACAGCGUGUUUUUGGGCUCCUUUGAGAAGCAGCCAUUGAGAUAUACACAUCUCCUCCAAACAACUGGGAACCAUAAAGAUGAAGAGAUUGUUCGGGGACAGACUGUUUGGAAGAAAAAACCAGAGCCCUCCCCAUUUGCUUCUAUGUAGAAAAAUUGCAUUAAAAAGAAGCUUACAAGCUUGUCCUCUAAGAAAUGGGACGGCCUGAAUAGUAAAGGGCAUGUUGUGGAUUAGGUCUAAGCCCCAGGAUCCUUCAUUGUUUCGGAUCUUGCUAGCUUCAUCGAAGCUGACUAAAGAUCCUAAUAAACGAGCUAGACGUGUAAAUGGUGAGUCUCCGAAAAUAGGGUAACCAAAAACAAGAAGCAUCAUGGAUUCUAUAAUGUGUGAAAAUAAGUCUAAUGUGUGGUCAUGAAAGUAAGAAAGUGAACUUUAAGCCUAAGAGGGUAAAGGGUACAGGGAUUUUGAUUAAAAGAAGUCAUUUCAUUUGGGUCUGUAAUUUGUACAGCCGUUGUCGUAAUACUAUUUGUAAAGAAUAAUAGUAAAUUCAUCACUAAAA